AGCCGGCCGCCCGUCCACGGGUUCGGUUGAGCGCGAGCUAGAGUGAGUGUGUGUGUGUGUUGUGAGGAGGCGAAGGCGGUGUCGGCGAGGUUGGGUUGGCGGCGUUGGGGGCUGCGUGAGGCGGCGGGGCCGUGCAGGCGAGGCCGAGGCCUGGGGCAAGGCCUAGUCCGUUUCUGCUGGCCUUCCUCCCUCUCGCCGCUGCCGCCGCCGCCAUGACGCUGGAGUCCAUGAUGGCCUGUUGCCUCAGCGACGAGGUGAAGGAGUCGAAGCGCAUCAACGCCGAGAUCGAGAAGCAGCUGCGGAGGGACAAGCGCGACGCCCGGCGGGAGCUCAAGCUCCUCUUGCUCGGUACAGGAGAGAGUGGGAAGAGCACCUUCAUCAAGCAGAUGCGUAUAAUUCAUGGCUCGGGCUACUCGGAGGAAGACAAGAAGGGUUUCACCAAGCUGGUGUACCAGAAUAUCUUCACUGCCAUGCAGUCAAUGAUCAGGGCUAUGGAAACCUUAAAGAUCUUGUACAAGUAUGAACAGAACAAGGCAAACGCAUUGCUGGUCCGGGAAGUGGAUGUCGAAAAGGUCUGCACUUUCGAGCAGCCCUACGUAAAUGCAGUUAAAACAUUGUGGAACGACCCGGGAAUCCAAGAAUGUUACGACCGGCGGCGAGAAUAUCAGCUUUCCGACUCAACUAAAUACUACCUUACGGAUGUGGACCGUAUUGCCACUCCAGGGUACCUCCCCACCCAACAAGACGUCCUGCGGGUCAGAGUCCCUACAACUGGGAUCAUCGAGUACCCCUUUGACCUAGAGAACAUUAUUUUCAGAAUGGUGGAUGUUGGAGGUCAGAGGUCAGAACGGAGGAAAUGGAUACACUGCUUUGAAAACGUGACUUCCAUCAUGUUCUUAGUAGCCCUUAGCGAAUACGACCAGGUCCUGGUGGAGUCAGAUAAUGAGAAUCGAAUGGAGGAGAGCAAAGCCCUUUUCCGGACCAUCAUCACUUACCCCUGGUUCCAGAACUCCUCUGUCAUUCUCUUCCUGAAUAAGAAGGACCUGUUGGAAGACAAGAUCAUGUACUCUCACCUUGUGGAUUACUUCCCAGAAUUUGAUGGCCCUCAGAGGGAUGCCCAAGCUGCCCGGGAGUUCAUCCUCAAGAUGUUUGUGGAUCUCAACCCCGACAGCGACAAAAUUAUCUACUCUCACUUCACAUGUGCCACAGAUACGGAGAACAUCCGGUUUGUCUUUGCUGCCGUCAAGGACACAAUCCUGCAGCUCAACUUGAAGGAAUAUAACCUAGUCUGACCUUGAUCGGCUUGGCCAUGUUUUUUUUUUAGUCUUCCCUCUCCUCCUUCCCCAUCUCUCCUUCCUUCCUUUCUUCCUUUUUCCUCUUCUCUGCCCUCUCCCCCCAAAUCUCCUUGGGAUACUUUUUUUUCGUUGUGAAGAAAGUAAGGCAAGAGAACCCCAUGAAUAUAAAAACAAAAAAUUGUACAGGAAAUCUUAAUUUUUAAUGAUGUAAUGAUUGCAAAUUGUCUGAUCUGUGAAGUGACAAGGGGUUUUUGUUUGGGUGGGAGGGUUAUGGCAUAUAUAUAUUUUAUAUAUAUGGCAUAUCUAUCACUGUUACUUUGGAGUCUCAUGUCUGCCCCAUGAAAUAAGUGAAUGUGUUUUUUUAAAGGAAACUAAUUUGCUUUAAAAAAAAGUUUCCAACUGCAUUGGGGGAUGUGUUACACUCCUCCUUUCUCUCUCUCUCUCUCUCUUUCUCAUGCUUUCUUACCCCAAUUCAAAAUGGCUUCCUCAUGUGUUGCAUUGGCCCAUCCUUUGCUUUCCCAAUUUGGGUCCCGAUGGAUGCUCAGGCUUCCUGGUCCCAAAACGAGGGCUAUAGAAGUACGGGGACGCUACUAGUAACCCUUCGCCAUGUGCCGUAUGAUGCCUCUGGUGUAAAUGGCUUGCGCCGGUUUGCCUUCGCCCCCCUCUUUCCCACAGUUAUCACUACGCAUCUCUGCUUCAAGGUGCAUUCACCUGUAUUGGCCUCUCGGGAGAAUCAAGUGCCCUCUUUUACUACGAUUGCACCCACCACGCCACCUAUCCAUUCCUCUGUUUCUUUGUGCCAUUUUUAGUCAAUAUAAAUAUAAAUAUAAAUAUAUAUUUUCCUUAUCAAUUAUGAAAGUUAUAUUGAGACUGUGAUUUUUUUUAAAUUAUUGUCCUAUAUAUAAGUUUGCUACAUAUGCCGUACUUUUUGUUUUGUUUUGUUUUGUUCAUAGACUACCAACCAAGCAAUAGCUAAUGCGCCUGGGGGAAGUGCCUGAUUGUGCCGUUGUAUUGUGUUUAGGGUGUUGUUAUUGUUGUUGUUUUUAAAGGUUGUUCGCUUUAGAGAGCGCAAGGGAUUUUUCCCAGUAUUGCAAAGGGGGGAUAAUGAGUCUAAAUCCUGCAGGGCGACGUUUGGCUCCAGCAGGAAGACCUGAGGUUCUAGCCCAUAUCUCACAAGUUCCUUUGUGUGGUUUGUGUGUGUGUUCUUCCAUCGUUGCUCCAUUGGGUUUGGUAGAUACCCGCCCAAAUGGGGAAAUCCUUGAGGAAGGAGACCCUGUGGUGCACAGAAGGCGGCUUAUGGAGGCCUCUAAAAAUAUGCCGAUGAAGGCGUUGCAAGCGCUCCGUCUUUCACUCUUUGAAACCGUGUUGCCAAGGCUUCUGUGAAUUGCAACUGCUUUGAAUCCCCCACCUCUUUGAAAGGCUUUUAAAAACAAAGAACUGAAGCAUUUGCACAAGUAUUUAGCGCAAUGUGAGCUUCUGUGAAAGGCCAAAACCAGAACUGAGAUAUUUGAAUCAGGAGUGGCUGAUGGCUUUAAAAACGGGCAAGGAAAAGGAGCUUUCCAAGAUCUGUAUCUGAAGUGCCAAAAUGGGUUCCUGCUCUAAGCCAAUGGGAGAUGGUGCCAAAAAUGGGUCAUGUCUGGAACGAGAAUGGCCAUGCAUGACACAGGAAAGGGGUUGUUUAUUUGUAUUUGUGUGUUGUUGUUUUGGGUUUGUGAACAACACUAACCUGGCUUCAGAACCCCCAAGUUUCCGAGAUACUGGGAAGGAGAGGGGACUGGACAGGAGAGGUUUGCGGAUUGUGGGUUUUCUCUGGCCCUCGUCACAGAACACUACAAACGGAGAACACAACAAAAGGGCUGCCAUGUUUCUUGAAGGGGUUCCCAGGGACACUGUUAGUAGUAGAAAUCCUUCCGUGGGAAGGCAGGAGUUGGAAGUUGCGCGGGUCACUGAUGUACAAAUUAACCAACAUUCCUCAUAUCUGUCUAUAUAGUUUUCUUUGCAUGAAUGUUCAAAGGGUGGCAGGAAGGAGGGUCGGGCCUGUGUCCUUGCCAAAUGGUGCAGAAGAAGGCCUGUUUUCAUGUGCCAUGAGUAUCUUUUUAUGAAACCAAUCUUCUCCCUCCUCUUCCAUGCUUUGUAUGCUUUGCAGUGACGGGAUUCGAGAGCCAUACGUUAGAUCGGGCCACUCGGUAUGACCCAAUGUCCUAUCCACCCUUGUUUUUGUACAGCAGGCUUGUAGUCCUGGAAAGAAGGGCCAUUGGUUUGAGGGAGGAGAGCGGCACAUUUGUGGAAAUGACGCGCUAUCUUUCUUGCAAGCCCAGGUUUCAUAGAAGUGAUGUCCCUUCUUUCAAAUCCAGGUGUGGAAAUGACACGCUUCCUUCCUUGUAGAUGCAGGUUUUGUGGAAAUUAUGCACUUCCUUUCUUGCAAACCCAGAUUUCCUGGAAAUGACGCACUUUAUUUCCUGCAAACCUGAGUUUUGUGGAGAUGAUGCGCUUUCUUUCUGGCAAACCUUGGUUUGUGGAAAUGAUGUGCCUUUCUUGCAAACCCAGAUUUCCUGGAAACAAUGCACUUCCUUUCCUUCAAACCUGGGUUUCAUGGAAAUGACUGCUUUCUUUCUUGAACACCCAGAUUUCAUGGAAAUGAUGUGCUGUCUUUCUCCCAAACCUGGGUUUCAUAGAAAUGAUGCAUUUGCUUGCUUGCUUCCAAACCCGGCUUACAUGGAAAUGACAUGCUUCCUUAGCUGCAAACUCAGGUUUUCUAGAAAAGAUGCGCUUUCUUUCUUCCAAACCUGGAUUGCAUGGAAAUUACACGCUUCCUUGCUUUCUUCCAAACCCGGGUUUCCUGAACAUGACAUGCUUCCUUUCCUGCAAACUCAGGUUUCCUAGAAAUGAUGCGCUUUCUUUCUUCCAAACCUGUGUUGCAUGGAAAUGACCCACUUCCUUGCUUUCUUCCAAACCCGGGUUUCCUGGAAAUGACAUGCUUCCUUUCCUUCAAACUCAGGUUUCCUAGAGACGAUGCGCUUUCUUUCUUCCAAACCUGUGUUGCAUGGAAAUGACCCACUUCCUUGCUUUCUUUCAAACCCGGGUUUCCUGGAAAUGACAUGCUUCCUUUCCUGCAAACUCAGGUUUCCUAGAGAUGAUGCGCUUUCUUUCUUCCAAACCUGGGUUGCAUGGAAAUGACAUGCUUCCUUGCUUUCUUCCAAACCCGGGUUUCCUGGAAAUGACAUGCUUCCAUUCCCGCAAACUCAGGUUUCCUAGAAAUGAUGUGCUUUCUUUCUUCCAAACCUGGGUUGCAUGGAAAUGACAUGCUUCCUUGCUUUCUUCCAAACCCGGGUGUUUCCUGGAAAUGACAUGCUUCCAUUCCUGCAAACUCAGGUUUCCUAGAGAUGAUGCACUUUCUUUCUUCCAAACCUGGGUUGCAUGGAAAUGGCACGCUUCCUUGCUUUCUUCCAAACCCGGGUUUCCUGGAAAUGUCAUGCUUCCAUUCCUGCAAGCCCAGGUUUUGUGGAAAUGAUGCACUUCCUUCCAAACUCGGAUUGCAUCGAAAUGUCAUCCUUGCUUGAUUUCUUCCAAACCUGGGUUUCCUGGAAAUGACACAUUUCCUUACCUGCAAACCUGGGUUUCCUGGAAAUGAUGUGCUUUCUUUCUUGCAAACCUGGGUUUCAUGGAAAUGAUAUACUUGCUUGCUUUCUUCCAAACCCAGUUUUCCUGAAAAUGACACGCUUCCUUUCCUUUUGUGGAAAUGAUGCAUUUUCUUUCUUCCAAACCUGGGUUGCAUGGAAAUGACACGCUUGCUUGCUUUCUUCCAAACCUGGGUUUCCUGGAAAUAACACGCUUCCUUUCCUGCAAACCUGGGUUUCCUGGAAAUGAUGCGCUUUCUUUCUUGCAAACCCAGGUGUCGUGGAAAUGAUGCUUCUUGCAGACUUGCCAUGCCCUUGCAGACCUGUCUUCCGCAGGCCAGGUUUUAUGUGCCAAACUCACCCGGCCAUUUUUCCUUUCCUUCUCCUCCCCACUUGUCUUGAUGGGAGCCGCUCAGAGAUUUUGCGAAUCUUGGUUUUGAGCUUUUUCGGGAAUCUCUGUUUUGAGCUUGAAAGGGGAGGCAAAGGAGCAGCCUGAUCGAGCUCUGUUCCUGUUGCACUUUAUAUAUUUACGUGUGUGUGUGUGUGUGUGUGUGUAUGAGAGCGUACAACUUGCUCUCAUGUCAUCUUAAUCGUGUGUAGGAAGGGGGAGUUGUAAAACACAUCAUUCCAUUUCCUUCUAGAUAUGAUUGACCCUAAUCCCCUCUUCUUAUUUUUUUCCUCUGGUCCUGUCUUCCUUUUCCCCGCUUCCAAUUGUCAGUUGCCUUCAGUUGUGCCCCCCCCCCCCCCGAACAUGUUUUAUAACUACUUCAAAAUGUCCUCCCACCCCCGGCUUUAUUUGGUUCAUGCCAUUCAUUGUAUUGUGCUUCCCUCAAAACAAACAAACAAACAACAAUGAAGGUGGUUUGAGUCCCUUGGGAGUCCAAAGUCUGUUCUUUCCGUACUCCGUAUGUAUGUGUGUGUGUGUGUGUGUGAUAUUUCUUUUUUUUUUUUUUUAAAGCGUUAUCUGGUUUGUGCCAAUGUCCCAUUUCUUUUUUCUUUAAUACCAGAGACUCUUUUUACAAGUUACCAGUGUGGUGGAAAAAAAUUAUUUGGUUAUAUACUUGUAUAUUAUAAUAAAAGAUGCAGAUGUUGUGGGGGGUGGGUUAAGGAGGGGGGAAAGACGAGAAAAAAUGUUUAAACGUUAUCCUAUUUAAAAGAGAGAACACACAACAUGACUAUAUAAACACUGUCUUUUUUUAAAAAAAACGAAAACUCUUUUUGUCAUUUUGAAAUUGCAUGUGGUGUUUUAAUGUAUCGGGGCGGGGUGGGGAAACAGGGAGGGGAUUUGGAAUUACGUGGCCUGGGAUGGAUUAUUAUUAUUACUACUAUUAUUACUAUUAUUAUUAUUACUGUUAUUAUUAUUUGGCCCAUGUUCUUGUCUCUCUUUUUAGUCUGUGAGGCAGAAAUGGGGGGGAGGGGUUCUCAGAACAACUCGCGUUCUCUCGUCGUCUGGGUGCUAACCCUCAAUGUUUAGAAAUACCUGAUGGAAGAAAACAAACAAACAACAAAAUUGAUUUUCAUAUCUUUCUCCUGAAAUAAAUUGUUUGAAAUUGGAAUAAAAUUCAUUCCUUUAAAAAGAA